AUGAAAGUCAGGCUUGUAAAAGAUGACGAGCAUUAUGACCCAGUUUUAGUUCCAGAUUCCUAUGACACACUAAAAUGCAUGGCAAUAGAAGCCUUUGGCAGUGUAAACUUCUCCUAUGUGUAUCUUACUGAUGAAGGCGAGCUCAAAGAAAUCAGUUCAGACGAAGAAUUAUUUCGAGCAAUAAACUCUAUGCGAGUUUGUGGACAAGACACAUUAGUUCUUUUAUUAGAAAAUAUUGAUAGAUUCCAUAGCUAUUCUCAAGAGCCAGUUUUUGAUCCUCUUUCUAUUCCAAAAAUAUCGCCAGUCAAGGUUAACCAAAGCCAAUAUGAGCCUCCUGAAAUCAUAUGGGAAACUGACGAAGACCCAGAACCUGCCAAAAUUAUCAAGCAAAAAUCGUCUGAGUAUGGAAUGAAGCUUGUCAAUGGGAAACGAAAAAUCGAAAAAUUUUGCAGAGCUGAAGAAGUUUUUGAGGAAAGAUUUAAGGUAAAAAAUGACGGAAUUAAGGUAUGAGAAAGAGUUGACUUAAAGCUGGAAAAAGGCACAAUUGAGAUAACCUCUAUAUUUAUACCAAGACUUAGGCCAGGAGAAAUCGGAGAAAUUGUAGUAAAAAUGAGAGCUCCAGCAAUAGAAGGAAAAGCUUCUUUAGAGUUCAGUCUGUACACAGGUGCUGGAGUUUCGUUUGGAAAUACUAUUUGCUAUGAAGUGAAAGUACCAAGCCCUUUGCUAAUGCAACUGAUAGCGAUGGGGUUUGGAGAAAAAGACGCACAACUUGCGUUAGAUAUGUCAGACGAUAUAAAUGCUGCUGUUUCGAGUCUCUGUGGAGAAGAAAUUGUAUAUGAAGAGCAACCCGAUGACCCUGAAAUACUAAAAUAA